AUGGUUAUCAUCACCCCUGCCGCCUCGCCCAAGCACCACAUGGAACUAGUCCAGACCAUGAAACAUCUGCGAACAGCCGUGGUCUCUUGCGGCACCUUCACGAGGCACAGAUUACAACUGGACUCUGAGCCGUCGAGCGCGCAUCUUACAACGACCUUCGGAGCAAUCAGAGACAGGACCAACAGGCUGGUCGGAGGCGCCUUCAAAUUCCACAUUUGCUGCUCGACGCUCGAAGGAGGCGGAGCCUUACGGUCGAAGCUCGUCAUGUACUCCGCGGCACUGAGUCUGGCCAUUGGGGUUGUGGUUCUCUAUGUUGUACGAGCAGUCCGCACUUAUUACGCCCUCAGUCAGUUUGGGGGCCACGGGUCGGCGGGCUGGUCACGGCUAUGGCUUCUACGGACCCAAGGAAGUGGCGAGAUAAACAAGAGGUUCACAAAGAUCAACAACCAGUAUGGCUCAACGGCUCGCAUUGGGCCUGAGAUGCUUAUCACGUCCGACCCAGAGCUAUUCCGCCGUAUGAACGCGGUACGCUCUUCCUUUACCAGAGGACCAUGGUAUAAAGCCUUGAAGCUUCAUCCAGAGCGCGACAACAUCAUCUCGUACGUCGACGAGCGUAAACAUGCCGACAUCCGCAGCCGCAUGGCGCCUGGGUACAGCGGGAAGGAGAACCAUCACACGGAGCAAGACGUGGAUGACCAGCUUCUCAAGUACCUUGAGCUAGUCAACUCCAAGUACGUUUCCAAGCCUGAGGACGGUAUCUUCCGGACAGUGGACCUCUCACGCGUGACUUCUUUCUUCACGCUCGAUGUCAUCUCCAAAGUCGCCUUUGGGCAGCCCUUCGGUUUCUUGGAUAAGGAUGAUGACCCUUUCGGCUACCUUGCAAGCCUGGCCGAGAUGCUGCUAGCCGUCAUUGUCUUCGGUGUUUACACCGAGAUCACCAACCUCAUGAAGAUCCCUCUCAUCAAAGCAGCACUGCCAAAGUCAACCGACAAGCGUGGCCUAGGGCGCGUGAUGGGCUUUGCCGGGGACAUGGUGCAGGAACGGUUUGGUCAGGACGCCGUCGUACGACAGGACGUGCUAGGUGCUUUCGUCAACCGUGGUCUCACGCAAGGCGAGCUAGAGAGCGAGACACUUACGCAGAUCACGGCUGGUUCAGACAGCACUGCUUCGGCGCUGCGGAUGACUUUGCACUUUAUCAGCACCUCACCUCCGAUACAAGAUCGGUUGCUUGCUAAAGUCAGAGCCGAGAUCGAAGCUGGUAGGAUCAGCAGACCCAUCAUCAAGGAUUUCGAGGCGCGUCAGUUGCCCUACCUUCAAGCUUGCAUCAAGGAGGGUCUGCGCAUGUACCCUCCAGUAACGGGCCUGAUGGCAAAGAUGGCGCCUGAAGGCGGCGCCGAGAUCGAGGUUGACGGCGUUGAGAAGUUCGCUCCUGGCGGCACGCAGGUUGGCUGGAACAGCUGGGGCAUGAUGCACGAUCCUGCAGUCUUCGGCGCUGAUGCCGACAUCUUCCGGCCUGAGCGGUGGCUGCUGUCAAGGAACAGCAGCGAUCAGGAGUGCGACCGCGUCAAUCGUAUGAACGAAACUGCGACGCUGUGCUUCGGCUACGGCAGGUUCGGCUGUCUUGGUCGUGGUGUCGCGACCAUGGAGCUGAACAAGGCUGUCAUUGAGACGCUGCUGCGGUUCAAUCUCCAACCAUGCAGCCUCGCGAAGCCCUUCAAUGAGAAGAUCGUGGGUUUCAAUAUUCACACCGACAUGUACUUCGUCGCUACCGAGCGCAAGCACUUUACGAAGGCGGACUUUGCGACUCUCAAUGGUGGCAACAUCGACGCUGGUGCUAUCGCCGGCGCGUACGAGGCAUGA